UCCUGAGGCUUCCUUUGUGUGUUGUCGGAAAUCGACUGGUAGUUUUCGCAUGUCGAUCGUCGGUGGCAUUUAGUUUCCACGUUAUUUCUAAUCUUCGUUGAAACUCUGUACCGCAUUUCGAACGUGCUAAAAUGGGCAAAGACGACGCUGAAACUGCAGCCUUAAAAAAGGAACUAGAAAGCCUCAUUAACAAGUGCAAGGAAGAGCAAAAGAAGCAGCAAGAUACGACGUUGGAAGAGACUUGCAGUGGAGUGUCGAAUGCUCCAAAAGUUAAAUUAUCAACUAAAAAGCUGUUGAAGGGGCACAUCAAUAAAGUAAAUUCGGUGCACUAUAGCGGUGAUAGUAGACAUUGCGUAACCGGAUCGCUGGACGGAAAGUUAAUUAUCUGGGAUUCAUGGACCGGCAACAAGGUGCAGGUCAUCCCGUUGCGUUCGGCCUGGGUGAUGUCUGUGGCUUUCGCACCGUCCGGCAAUUUCGUCGCGUGCGGCGGUAUGGACAACAUGUGCACCGUCUAUGAUGUCAACAAUCGCGACGCCACAGGCUCAGCCAAAAUCGUAAGGGAGCUAUUGGGUUACGAGGGAUUUCUGUCGUCUUGCAGAUUCCUCGAGGACAAAAAGAUCAUCACUGGAUCUGGAGACAUGAAAAUUUGCAUAUGGGAUCUCGAAGCUAACAAAAAAACAACGGAUUUUGAAGCGCACGCGGGCGACGUGGUGAGCAUCAGCUUAUCCCCUGACGGCAAUACUUACGUCACCGGCUCGGUCGACAAGACUUGCAAACUGUGGGACUUGCGGGAAGAGAAAGCUAAACAGACGUUCUUCGGUCACGACGCUGAUGUAAACUCCGUCUGCUAUCACCCCUCCGGGCAAGGUUUCGUAACAGCAUCUGAGGACAAGACGGCGAGGCUGUGGGACUUGAGAUCCGAUCAACAGUUGGCCACUUUUAAACCACCCAACUCGAACCCCGGUUUUACAUCGUGCGGCCUGUCUUUGAGCGGCAGGUUUAUCUUUUGCGGCAGUGACGACAAUUCUAUUCAUAUAUGGGAUACGUUGAAGAAUCAACAUAAUGGCGUCUUGUCAGCCCAUGAGAAUAGAGUGACGUCGCUCAGCGUCUCUGGUAACGGAAUGGCAGUGGCCAGUUGCUCCUGGGAUCAGAAUGUUCGAAUUUGGGUUUAAAUACAGCACAUGAUUUGUAACACGCAAGUGUUGUCCGAAGCAAUCCAUGAAGAACAUUGAACGAAAUGUUAUAAAAAAUAUAUCCAUGUUAAGAAUCAA